GCCUCGAGAAGUCGAUCGUGAUCGUGGCUCAAGCAGCACAAACAGUUGUGCCCAGACUCAGUCUCCAUUCACCAGUCUCCAAUCUUCAGUCUCCAGUCCUCAGUUUCCAGUCCUCAGUGAAUAUACCCCUUUUACAAAUACACACACACCACACACACAUAUACACUGACAAAAUGAAGUACUUCAACAUCUGCCUGCUUUUCAUUAUCUGCUCACUCUGCUAUGGACUGGUGGCGGCCCAGGAGGAGGGUGGAGCGAAGAGAAUCGCUGCACUGCGUCGCCCCGUUGGUAAGGCGGCCAAGGUGACAACAACAACAGCGGCGCCAGCGCACGACGAUGCCGCCGAGGAGGAUGAGUACAGUGAGGAUGUCGGCGCCGGCGAGAAUGGCCAGUAUGGCGAUGAGCAGGAUGAGGCCGGCUUAGCGAGCUCGACGACCACCACAACUGAGGCGCCCAAGAAAGUUGGGCCAGUAAUUCGGCCCUUCCGCUCCAAUGAUGAUUUCCUGAACUCGCUCAAGCGUCGCCAGCAAAACGCUAAGAAGCACCGCUCCGAGAAGGCACCAGCCAGCAAACAGGCCAAGAAAUCUGACGAUCAGGAACCCGCCGAGCGGGAUGAACCCGUUGCAGCAGCGGCGCCAGCGCCGGCACCAGCUUCACCCGCCAAGGGCUACAAGGGCAAUGCGGCACUGAGCCGUCGCAAGCUGUCCAAGCCAGGGAGGGCUGAGCCAGAGGUGGAUGCCGCCGCCGAGGAAUCUGAGCAGCAGCAAAAGGAGGAGGAGCCAAAGCCCAAGCGUCCGCUCAGCAGUCGCUUGGCCUUGAGGAAGCGCAACUAAAAUAUUUUCUACAAUUAUCUAAAACAAAAACACAAACAAAAAAAAAAACACACACACAAUUUCACUCUCUCUCUCUCUCUCUCUGUCUCUCUCUCUCUUCCUCUUUGUUGCCCUCUCACUCACACUCAUGGCUAGCUAUAGGCAGCUGCAGAUCUGCCGUUUAGUUUUUAGUACACAAUUUGAUUUUUAGUGUGUGAGCAUCGCGUGUGUGUGUGUGUGUGCGCGUGCUGUAAGUAGAGAAGCACACACCAUGCCAUGCCAUGCCACACAACACACCACACACAACACACACAACACACUCACACACAAAAUACACCACCAUCCUACGCUCCACGCUCUGUGCUUAUGUAUUUGUGUAUGUAUAUUUAUAUUGAAUAUAUAUAGCUCAUAUAUGUCGGCACUCACAUCUAUUUACAUAUUCACCUAUUCACUAUUCAAUUUAUAAACUAAAAUAAUAAUUAAAAUAACAAACAUCAAACAACAAUUAUAAAUAAAAGAAAAAGAUUGAUC